AUGAGGUAUUAUAUUAUAGCCUUGAUCCUUCAGAGCGUCAGCCUGUCUGUCGCAAAACUGGAGAGUUAUCAAACGCCUCAUAUAACUGAGGACCUGAAAUCUUUUAGAUGUGAUGGGAGAAUCUACGAUAGUCAGAAGUUACAAAGCUUUAGAAAUCCCCAUGGGAGGUUUGAAAAUGAAAAUGUAUUAAAUAUGGAGAUCUGCAGACGAUUUUCUCAAAUCGCCAGCGCGCAAGACCCGAAUCAAAAACUGAUGUAUGUUGAUGAUAGCAGUACAAACUGUAGUCAAUCACUCUUAACUCAUAUAGACCGUAUGGAAUACGAAACAAUCCAAGACUACAUCGUUCACGAUAGUCAAUCGCGAGUCUGUGCCGUCAUUACUAUAAAUUAUAGUAGAGGACGCGACCCGCAAGAAAAGUUCUGCCAAUUUAUUCAUUGA